CCCCGACUGACCAAAAUCCAUGGAUCCAUAGCAUGCGCUGGCUCUCAUCUUGACCUCUACACCGGAUACAGUCUGUGAUGUAAACACUACAGAUUACAGAACGUUUUGUCAUCUCCUGAACCGUAAAAUGUCUAAAAAUACACGAAUAGCGCUCAUAUUUGGAGGAUUUGUAACGGCGGUGGCGGCUGCGUUUUAUCCAAUCUUUAUCCACCCGCUGACGCACAAAGAUGAGUACAGGGCAGUGCAAAGAGUGAAUCGAGCGGGAAUCAAUCAGGCGGAUGUCCAGCCAGUGGGGCUGAAGAUUUGGUCUGACCCGUUCAAACCUGCAGAAAAAUGACUUCUCACCAAAUCCUUCUUAUUACAGACGCUAAUGUUGAAUUCAAGAAUUUAUCAUAUUUAAAUGCCUUGUGUUUGAAUACCAGAGUUUUUGACUACUGUGUGUAAAUACAAAUAAAGAAAUUUUAUAAUGAA